AUGGAAGAAGAACGGUUAUCGUCAUCGUUGCUGAGGCAGAAGCUCAAGUCAUCGAUCUGUCUCGCCGGCUGCUGCUUCGGCGGCCACCAGGAAACGAUGGGCACGUCGGCGGCGUUGGACAAGCCGCGGACGUUGCGGUGGUCGCCGGAGUUCCGGGGAAAGAGCCGGAAUAUUCUUGCGCGACGAGCGGGCAGGUCGCGCCGGCAUUCCUCCGACUUCAGCUACGAUCCGCUCAGUUACGCGCUCAACUUCGACGAGGGGACGGAGGAAGACCGGACUUACGAGUUGCCGCUCCGGAAUUUUGCGGCUAGGUUGCCACCGUCGCCUCCGCGGGCGGCGAAUAGAGUGCAGUCGCCGUCGUUGGUGGCUGAGUGCUGCCGUUGA